CUAGAUUUCUUCGAAAUGGCGCGGCAUGCUGAAAAACGAUUUCACAACAACGCGACAGCGGAGACUGGGGACGACAAUCAAGGCGAUGUAACUUCAACAGAAAGUUAUCAUGCGGUUCUGAGGGACAUGACGGCGGAUGAUGAGGCGAAUAUGAUGCGAAUGGGGAAAACUCAGGAGCUCAAACGCAACUACCGUUCACUGUCCGCUCUAGCUUUUACCGUCAUAAUCCAAGGAACGUGGGAGGUGCUCAUGACUGCAACACAACAAGGCCUAGUAAACGGGGGACCAGCAGGGUUAAUUUGGUCCUAUGUGUGGACGUUUAUCGGGAUGACUUUUGUCAUCGCCUCGCUCGCGGAGAUGGCAUCCAUGGCUCCAACAGCUGGUGGACAGUAUCACUGGGUCUCUGAGUUUGCGCCACCCAGUGUCCAGAAGCCGUUGAGCUACUUUACUGGCUGGAUGUCAACGCUUUCCUGGCAAGCAGGAACUGCAUCAGGACCGUUCCUUGUAGGCACGCUCAUCCAAUCGUGCGCCGUCGUUGCAUAUCCGGAAUACGAACCCACCAACUGGCAAGGAACGCUCAUGGUAAUCGCCGUCGCAAUUCUCGUUUGGUACCUCAAUAUCUGGGGCGAGAGAUUCAUGCCACUUUUCCAAAACGUCAUGUUCGGGUUUCACAUCGUCGGAUUUUUGGUCAUUAUCAUCAUCCUAUGGGUGUUAUCACCACGGUUAUCGGCGAAGGCAACUUUUACUGAAUUUACGAAUAGUGGAGGGUGGAACUCCAUGGGACUGUCACUGAUGGUCGGUCAAGUGUCCGCCAUCUAUGCGUGCAUCUGCACCGAUGCUGCGGCGCAUAUGUCUGAAGAAAUCAAGGACGCCGGAAAAACAGUCCCACGUGCCAUGGUCAAUUCUUACUUCCUCAACGGCGCCCUCGGAAUGAUCUUUCUUGUCAGCUACAUGUUCAUGAUGACCGAUGUCACCGCUGCUCUUGAUGAUCCCACAGGGUAUCCUCACAUCUGGGUCUUCAGUCAGGCGGUGCCUGCAGGGGGCGUUGUCGCCCUCAAUGUCAUCCCAACAGUACUCAUCUUCGCGGGAACAUUGAGCUUCAAUUUAUCGACCUCUCGUCAAACCUGGGCUUUUGCGAGAGAUAACGGGCUGCCGUUUAGCCACUGGAUUGGGGCAGUGAACGCGAAAUUACAGAUCCCCGCGCGUGCGGUGUCGGUUACAACUGCGAUUACAAUCGCUUUAUCAUUUAUUAAUAUCGGCUCGGAUGUUGCUUUCAACGCCAUUAUCUCGCUCAACGUCGUCUCCGUGAUGAUCACCUACAUGAUCUCAAUUGGCUGCGUUCUCUACCGUCGAGUUCGACAUCCCGAACUGCUUAUUCAGUGCCGCUGGUCUCUUGGGCGUUGGGGCGUUGUCGUCAAUGCGCUAGGUUUUCUAUAUGCGACGCACGCCUUCUUCUGGUGUUUCUGGCCCGAAUCUACUCCGACAACACUGGAAGGCUUCAAUUGGGCAAGUGUGAUGUUCGUGGGUGUUUCCAUCCUGUGUUUAGUGGACUAUGUUCUGCGAGGUAGAAAACACUACGAGGGACCUGUUGUGUUGGUACAGCACUAG